AUGCAUCAGGUAAAGAAGAGGGUUUAUGUGGAUUUGAAUGUUGGUGACGUUAUCCGGUUCGGCCUAUCAUCAAGGCUGUACAUAUUCCAAGGGCCGCAUGACCUGAUGCCACCAGAAACUGACUUGAAGAGUUUAAGAACUGCAAAAAAUCGACAAGAGAGGCAAGACAUGGAAGCAUCACUUCUCCGAGCUAAAGUUGAAGCUUCUCGUGCAGAUGGGAUUUCAUGGGGCAUGCAAGAAGAUGCUGUUGAGGAAAAUGAGGAUGAUGUUGAGGAAAUAACGUGGCAAACUUACAAAGGACAGCUGACAGAGAAGCAAGAAAAGACCCGAGAGAAAGUUAUCAAGAGACUUGAAAAGAUUGCUCACAUGAAGAAAGAGAUUGACGCAAUACGGGCGAAGGAUAUUGCUCAAGGUGGCUUGACACAAGGACAACAAACUCAGAUUGCUAGAAAUGAGCAACGGAUGUCACAGAUAAUGGAAGAGCUUGAGAACUUGGAAGAGACGCUGAAUGAAAGUAUUCGGGAAAGUUUAGGUGCAAGAGGGAAGUUGUCCCGUGGUAAGAAGGGCGCUGUGGACGAUGAUGAAGAAGAUUAUUUGAGUGACGAUGACGAGUUCUACGAUCGAACAAAGAAGUCCUCAAAGCACAAGCCUGGUGAAAACCAAUCAGUUGAAACAGCUGAUUCUCUUCUUGAUAAGAAGGAUGCCCUUACGAAGCAAAUACAAGAUAAGGAAAAGUUGCUUCUCGAGGACGGUGAAGCAGCAGAGCAAAAUGAGGUGGCUGAAGCUGGCGAUGCACUUGAUGCGUAUAUGUCGGCUGUGUCGUCUGAGCUAGUUUUGGAUCGUAAGGAGAAGCUCCAGAAAGAGAUGUCCACCCUUCAGUCUGAGCUUGAUAGGAUUCUCUAUUUGCUGAGAAUAGCCGACCCAACCGGAGAAGCAGCUAAGAAAAGAGAAUCCAAAGUACAAAAUCCUAAAACGAUAGUGAGCAAAAAACCCUCUUUAGACACGAGCAAUCGACCCGUGCCCCAAAAGAAUCUGGAAAUCGUCCCCUCAUCAAGCAAAAAUAAGCAAUUAGCCCCAGUAUCCUCGCCGGUCAAAUCCAGUCAAGAGAAGACCAAUGCCAACUCAAUAUCAGAACCUGACGAGAAGAAUGAAGAUCCGGAGUCGAAAAAUGAAGAGAGUGGUACUCCUACUGUAUUUACUGUUGCUAAGCCUCAGUGGCUUGGUGCUGUUGAGGACAGGCAAAAGCAAGAAACUGCACGAGAGGACCCUGUAGAUACACAGGACACAGCCAAUCAGUUUGUAGACUACAAAGAUAGGGAAAAAAUUCUGAACAAAACAGAAUCUUUGUCAGGGGACCAGGGAAUAGAAGAUGCUGCACCUGGACUAAUAAUUCGAAAACGUAAGCAAGUCGAGAAGUCAAAAGAUAGUGAGGCCAAAGAUCCUGAAGUGACUAAUAACAAUAAUGGUGCGGGGUUUAAGGCAGAAGAUGCUGUGGCAUUGUUAUUGAGGCAUUCAAGAGGAUACCAUGCUUCAGAGGAAGAAGAUGGGUCGAUUAGUGGAGAUGUUUUGGUCGAGAAAGAAGGAAAGAAAGAGGGGAAAAAGGCCAAACGGGUGUUGGGCCCUGAUAAACCCGCGUUUGUUGAUGAGCCAGAUUAUACUACUUGGGUGCCUCCUGAAGGUCAAUCGGGUGAUGGGCGCACGUCGCUGAAUGAUCGUUUCGGUUAUUGA